CGUCAAAACAAUGUAGAGAAAAUCUCUGCUGGCUGCAAGAAAGCCAUCGCCAACUGUAGCAUAACUCAUGUUGCUAGCUAACUGGUAACGUCGAGCGGAGGGUCACGGUUGUGUAUCUUAACUAUUGCCUAUGUGGAGUAGCUUCUAGCCCACUACAGCCAACGUUACGCAUAGCUUCUACAAGUGCUAGUUAGUUAGGCAGUAAUAUGUUAUGAUGACAUAUUCUGAUGUUUCUGUAUGGGACUGACUCGCCGAAGGUGGCAGCAAGCCAGUGACAAUAUGACUCUUGCAACUGUGCCAGUUGUCCACUGCUGUUGUCACCGCAAAAGCUGGCUCCACUCGACAGCAAGAGGUUUUCUCUGUCCCAUGUCUCAGACCAUUACAUUUUACAACCAUCUGAUGACGAGCAAAAAGAACCAUGAAUAGAUACACAACUCUCAGGCAACUGGGUGACGGCACCUAUGGUUCUGUUAACCUCGGACGGUGUUUGGAGUCUGGGGAGCUUGUAGCCAUCAAGAAGAUGAAGAAAAAGUUUUACUCUUGGGAGGAGUGCAUUAAUUUACGAGAGGUUAAGUCCUUGAAGAAGCUCAACCAUGCCAAUGUGGUCAAACUGAAGGAGGUGAUCCGUGAAAAUGACCACCUUUACUUUGUGUUUGAGUACAUGAAGGAAAACCUCUAUCAGCUUAUGAAAGAGAGAACCCGUCUGUUUCCCGAGUCUGCUGUGAGGAAUAUUAUGUUCCAAAUACUGCAGGGCCUUGCCUUCAUUCAUAAGCAUGGUUUUUUUCACCGUGAUCUUAAGCCUGAAAACCUGCUGUGUAUGGGACCGGAGCUGGUGAAAAUAGCAGACUUCGGCUUGGCCCGGGAGAUCAGAUCCCGCCCGCCUUACACUGACUAUGUCUCCACCAGAUGGUACCGAGCCCCAGAGGUCCUUUUGAGAUCCACCAGCUACAGUUCUCCCAUAGACCAGUGGGCUGUGGGCUGUAUCAUGGCUGAGCUUUACACACUCAGGCCCCUCUUCCCAGGAUCCAGUGAGAUUGACACCAUCUUUAAGAUCUGCCAAGUCCUAGGAACACCCAGGAAGAAUGAGUGGCCAGAGGGGCUUCAGCUGGCGUCUGCCAUGAACUUCCGCUGGCCACAAUGCGUGCCCACAAGCUUGCGGAGCCUGAUCCCCAGUGCCAGCACCGAGGCCAUCCAGCUGAUGAAGGACCUGCUGCAGUGGGACCCUAAGAAGAGACCCACCACCAGCCAGGCCCUCCGGUAUUCCUACUUCUAUGUGGGCCAGGCUCUGGGCACCCCUCAGCAGAUCCUGGAUCAGGGCCGGCCACAGGCCUCCCAGCCCCUACAGCCACUUGGGCAGCAGCAGCAGCAGCCACUACCGCCGCCGCAGUUCAGGCCUGCACCCCCGGCUCAACCACCCCCACAUCCCCAGCCCCAGCCCCCCCAGCGGCCCCUGCAGCAGAUCCAGCCUCCAUCUGCCCCCCUUUACCAAAGGCACUCUGAGCUAAUUCCGGAUCCUUCCAUCUGCACUGUGAAGCAGCAGCAGGCGCAGCAGCAGGAGGGCGAGCGAGGACUUCAGACACGCUUUCCUGUAAUCCGUGACAAAAGCAGCCAAAGCCAGGAGUCGGAGAAUGCAAACUUCUCAGGUUUUCCCACCAAACCCAAAGCAGGCCGCAGAAGAUGGGGCCACACCCCGGGAGGGCUGAAAGAUGACUGGGAUGAUUAUGAAGACAUUGAGACUACCAUUACACUCCUGGGCAAAACAAGCCACUCCACUGAAAAGCGGAGACAAGCCGAGGGGGCUUCAAGCAGGUUUGGAAACGUGUCAAACUUCAGUCCUACGAUUGGCAGGUAUGACGUUUCCACAAAUCUGAAUAAUAUACUGGGCUGUCAGGACCAAUCGAGGACAGCCUCGGCCAAACAGCACUACUUGAAGCAAUCAAGAUAUUUACCAGGGCUAAGUACUAAAAAGAAUGUGGCAAUAAGUUCAACUAAAGACUUCAGUGGAAACCAUCUUUGGGGAACCAGUACUAAUCCCACUGGGGGGACUCUACCCCUCAGAGGACAUCACGGAACAAAUACACUCCCAAGUGGUUACACCCCGUCAUUUUACAAAAAAGAACCUGGCCCUCCAAACCCAAGAGUGCAGUUGGCACCCAUUUGUGAUUCGAAAACAUCAAAUUAUGCAACGUGGAGGUCCAGCCGGAGCCAGACAGGGGCAGCAUCCUACGUGUCCUCACCCACCAAGAGUACUCCUGCUAUGAGGCCACGCCCCCCAGUGCACCCCAUACACGGGCGUACAGAUUGGUCUGCCAAAUAUGGCCACAAUUAAGUGGCAUCCUCAAAGAAUUGUUUGGCCUUGAAACGGUACCUUUGUGGUUUUGUAACAUGUUCCAACUCUGUACAUAAUACUAUAUCAAACAGCAAUAAUAUUUGUUUUUUUUUUAUUCCUCCUGUAUAUUGUUGUUGUAAAGUGUUUUUCUUCUAAAUAUCUUUCUAAAUAUGCACAAAUAUGCCAUGUUCUCAGUGUUGUACGUUACUCUAUUUUUAUUUUGCUAAUUAUAUGGGCUUAUUUGAGGACAUUUGAGUAUCAGCAAAUACAAAGUUGUUAAUGCAAAUAUUUUGUCUAAGGUGAUGUGCAUAAGCUGUAAGUUAUUACAUAUUACACACUAUACACAGUAUAACCCAAUGUAUUCCCCUGCCCCAUCAACGUAUAGUCACAUUUCCUGACAUAAAAAUAUGCAUGGUUGAUGCACACAUGGUGUAAUAUACAUAUUAAAUGUCAAUGUGCCGAUGUUAUUAUUAGUGUUAUUUGACUUUGUUUUUUUUUCGUUUUUUUUUUAUUUUAUUUUUUAUAUAUUAUCUCUUUAUGGGCUUUUUGUUAAAAAUGUAUUGUCAUUGUCUUCAGUGA